AUGUUUGAGCGCUGGAUUAAGCGAAGCAAGCCGCCUGUGAUCCCGGCAGCAGAGCGUCUCUCCUGUGCACCUCUAGCAGACUGGCUACGAGUUUGUCUGCUCCCGUUGAUCGAGCCUUUGGUCGAGAUUCACCAAAACCUGCUGGCCAAACUUGAGGUGCGUCUUACCGUUUGGGAAGAGGCGAUGAUUUCUGUACAACUGGCACAACGACGCCUUGCUCAGGCCACCUUACGAAGGCGUCAACACUUGCAACUUCGAGAGCUCCCACAGCCGCCGUCAAGCUUGGAAGUGAAGACGAGUCGGCUGUCACGGUCCAUCAUCAACUCCCCUACGGCUUUGUAUAAGAGGACGCGAAAACACAAGCUACUACAGACUUAUACACAAAAUCGAGCCAAAUCACAACCACCAGACGAAUCGAAUGGUGGAGCUUGUGUGAACGCAGGCAUCGAGCCGAAAUCCCGCUCUCAAAUCUGUUAUCGGGACUGGCGGUGGAGACACCAUAAACCUCACGAAAUGCAACACCAUCAAAAUUCCGCUUGCCAGGCAGAUGUAACAGAAGACAAAGGGACUGCAAUCAGUCAAUAUGCCAAAUUUCUGACUGAAGAUGGUUCUCCUGUUUCGCGCAACUAUGAGCGUCGAAGUGAAUCUGCAAAAAAAUUGGCCAACGACACAGCUCCUGAUAAGCAGACUCAGAUAUCGGCUACCACCUCUUUUCCCUCUUCACCGUCUCACUCGCGGUCGAGGUCGCCUGGAGUUCACUCCUCCCUCCGGAAUUCGUUAUCGCCACCCUCCUCCUUGUCCCCUGUAGCACCCGGCAACCGGAACCUGGAUCAUAGUUGCGAUGACGCCAGUUUGGCUAGUGGCUACGACUCUGACUGUCGAGAAAGAAGGCCCGAAAGGGCAGACUCGCCGACGGCAAAUUUCUCACCGGAGGGAUCAGUAUCGCGCUCCUACUCAAUGGCUUCUUAUCUGGCAACCACAUCUGCUUUAUUGCUGCCUGGAGAACCCAGACUUUGUAAUGCCUUGGCUCAAUCUUGCCCGUCCUCCCGUUCCUCUUCCUUCUCGACGAACUACCGCAUAACCGGCAGAUACUCAUGGCGACAAAGAAAAGCAGACGCAGUUUCCGCCAUUUUGGCAGAUAGCCCCACCAGCACGAAUUCGCUGGCCUGCGAUCUUCUUGAAUCGUAUGGAUUGGUUAGGCUGAAUAACGGCAUACAAGCUAUGCUUGAGGUACGAGACAGUAUAGGAGAAGUUGUUUGCGUUUUAAAGUAG